AUGUCACCUUCUUGGUGGGUCGACGAAGCUACGACAAGGGGCACAUAUACCUUGGUGUCGAGCUGCGUCUUCACGCUCGGCUUGUGUGUUUGGACGGCUAUCCAUCUCAACAUUCCCGAGCCAGCGGCGGGGGCGCGCCAAUUCAUGCGAAAGAUACUUUGGCUGGGUGUCGGUCUCAUGGCGCCCGAGAUCGUCACCUUCAUCGCUUGGAACCAGUACUCCAGUGCCCAGCGUGUAGUCAAUCAACUCGCUCGGUCGAAAUGGAAGAAGAAGACCGUUUCGAUAUGGAGGUCUUUUCGAAAACUCGUUGGGCUGGGUGGACGGUCGGAGGUACCUGAUGUCGAGAUAAAUGCCCCAUUACCUCCGUUUGGCGCGGACUGGGAGCUCAUCCACGUCAAGCGUCGUACCCUUACGCCCGAUGGCCUGCUCUUCCUCGCCGAACGUGCUCCGGCAGUCAUGACGCGAAUAUCAAAAGAAGACAUCAAAGACAAAAGCAAGGCGGAUGGGCUUGCGAAGCUACUUGUCGCUCUCCAAGCCGGCUGGUUCUGCUUGCAAUGUAUAGCGCGAGGCGCAAGACAUCUCCCCAUCUCCCUUCUCGAGAUCACCACGGGCGCUCAUGCUCUCUAUACGCUUUUCACGUAUCUGUUGUGGGCGAAGAAGCCGAUGAACAUCUCCGUCCCGACGAUCCUUCCCGCCCCCACUAUGCCUCCCAGCGACAUCCCAAAGUUUCAGCAACUAUGUGCCUACAUGUACAUGUGCAGUUCACUCAGCGGGAAAUUGGCACUCAAGCACCCGAACAAGGCGGUCGCUUCGUAUAUGGCUCGCACCCCCGAAUGCCAAUGGGUUUCAGUCGAGCGGAAUGCCGUUCUUUCCUCCGCUGUUCCUCCUGCCACACGUGACGGAAAUGUCGUUCUCGGGCGAGGCUCUAGUGCCGAUACGCUGCCCGGCACUGGGCUCCGCUUCAUCAGGACAAACGACUACCGAUUUGACAUCACACGUCGUGUCCUGGACCGCAAACCGGGACUUCCGUCGGACAGCCUCUACCUUGCGCCGGAGGGUGUCCUCCGCUGGCGCCUUGCAUGGGAGCUUGUCAAGACAGACACGACCCUUGACCUGAAACCCACCGAAUUCUUUGUCCUCCGCUCCUCCAAUGUGCCCACUUAUGAGUCAUGGGAGUACGCGUCUAAGAGGAUGAUUCUGGGCUUCACGGUCGCUGAAAUAUUCUACGGGCUCAUCCACGCAGCUGGCUGGAAUGCGACCUUUUCAUCGUCGUGGAUGCAGCUCUUUUGGCGGGUCGCAUCGUGCUUUAUCAGCGGUGGCGGCCUUUUGCUUGGUGGCGCAUUUGCUUGGGCGGUGGGGGAGACGUCGUGGUACUCGGAGACCUUUUCUGCCGUUGUCGUGGUCGGGACUUUCGAGUUCGUCAUCCGGAUGUUUCUGCUGGUAGAAGCUGUUCUCAACGUUGGCGCCCUCCCGCGCGGCGUCUAUCUCUUACCGAAUUGGUCGGUGUUUAUUCCGCAUUGGGGUUAG